GCAAUACGGAUACACAUGGAGCUUCCAUCACCGCCUCCACUCGCUUUUACGCACCGAGUCCGGUAAUGCGCGCAGGUCCCGAUCGUCACCUUCUGAGCAAUCGAUCGAUCCUCUCGUGGACUAAUAUGACAAACGUGCGCGCGUAGAGGCGUGACAGGGCAAAAAGAGGAGGCACAUUUCCCCCGGCGUGGAUCAGUCUAUCCUUUCCGCGAGCGAGUGUCAGCAUGGACGUCCUGGCGAACCACAGUAUAUUUCAGGAACUUCAGCUGGUGCACGACACCGGCUAUUUCUCCGCCAUGCCUUCGCUGGAAGAGAACUGGCAGCAGACCUGCCUGGAGUUGGAGCGGUAUCUGCAGACGGAGCCCAAGCGUCUGUCGGAGCUCUUCGACCAUGACUUGGAUGGACUCUUGACCCCGGCCUACCUGAAGGAGGAUGGCGAGGAAGAGCUGGCUGACGUUCUCCUCCCCCACGAGCCCCCGAGCCCACCCACGGUGAUCUUCUGCCCCGCGCGGAAGAACCUAGCCUCGGCCACGUCGAUAAAAACUGAGCCAAAGGUACCAGAACCCGCAGAAGGGAUGGAAGGAGUUCACCAGGCCCAGCUCAGCGCAGUCACCUCCCUGACGCCGCCGUCAUCGCCGGAACUGGGCCGGCACCUGGUGAAGGCCAGCCCGUCCUUGACGGCAUCCGCCGACGGGACGCUCACCCUCAAGCUGGUGGCCAGGAAGGUGGGGCUAAGCGCCGCCAGGCUGGUGGCAGCGCACCCGCUCCCCGUCCAGGUAAAGGAGGAAGACGAGGGAGUACCGUGCGUGCUCGGGGAACUUCCGGAGAACAAGAAGAGGAUCCACCGUUGUCAAUUCAAUGGCUGCAGGAAGGUGUACACCAAGAGCUCCCACCUAAAGGCCCAUCAGAGGACACACACAGGUGAGAAGCCAUACAAGUGCUCGUGGGAGGGCUGCGAAUGGCGAUUCGCCCGCAGCGACGAGCUGACGCGGCACUACCGCAAACACACCGGCGCCAAACCCUUCAAGUGCAACCACUGUGACAGGUGUUUCUCACGAUCGGAUCAUUUGGCGCUGCACAUGAAGAGGCACAUAUGAGGAGACGUCAGAAGGGAGCGGAGGCAGUGAGGAAGCGGAGAGGACAAUAUCACUUGCAGAAAAAUUAUCACCGUGGAUCUCAGACUGAUGUCAGAUUUGUGGGGCGGAGGCGCCGCGCUUUGGCAGGCAGGCAGGAAGGAAGGGUCCCACGUGAAGCGCCAUCGGGCCUUCCUCCAAUGGGACCUUCCUCGGGUCCGGUCCACUUUUGCCUCAUGCGUUGACCCACAUGCAGCCAGUUGAGGUCCUCAACAUCAUCUCGCUGGCUUGCCGUUCUGUUUCACUCAAAGGCUGCCAAAUUACUUUUUUCUCUCAUACUUCCAAACUGGACCCAUGGACACAUCCCGCUGGUUCCACACCACUUGUUUGAAUCGCAGACUUGAAAAUCAGAGUGAGAUUUUGUUUGCAGAGGCUGACAGGUCAUGUCUUGAAACAUUAUCCAUCGACCUGAGCCCGAUUUCCUGCUUUCGGAGCUGAAACGACCGCACAAGUGACUUUUGUUUAAAAGAAAAGCCCCGGUUUGUCAGAACGCCAAGAACUUGGGCCCCAACGCACAAGUCAAAGCGGCUCGCUGACUAAUAAUGGCACAUCAGACAAGAUCACCGUGUAUGUAAAGAAGAAAAGAUGUCCUAUUCCUUCCGAGUAGACCAUUCCGAAAAACGGAUACGGACGAAUAAAUCGCUGCCGAUGCCCGAAGUGAUCUCUUCUGAGAGGGAUUGGCAUCGGAGCGAGCCCCACGUUGCCCGCCACGCAGCCCUGUUCCAAUUUAACCAAGUUCCGUUCAGAAUGCAAUCUUCUCCACUAAAUCAGCCCCUAUGCAUCUCCUGGGACAUUCCACAGAUUUAUCCCUCAUUGGACAUGGAAUGGACUGGUAGGAGGACAAACCCAAUCAAUUGGCUGGCCGAUCAAUGCGAAUGUAUCUCUAAUGUGUUCGUGCACGUGCAGAUGAAAAUGUGAACGGCGGGAAGCUCGGAUAUGCACACUCAGCAAAGUCAACUGCCCUUUCAACUCUUCAAACUUGGACUGAGUGAGACGUCAACAUCGUUGACGUUCUUGGGGGAUCUCGAAUCCCUGGCGCCGUCUCACGGACAAAUGGAGGAGACGCCGCCAUUUCGGCUGACUCGGCACAAGAUGUAAGGAAUUGGAUUGUUUUGGCUUGGGGGUCAAACGAGAUACAUAGAAGUCGCUCUCAUUUCACUUUUAGGAUAGUUCGGAAGGCACCGGAUCAGCUCCGAGGUGUCUUCGGCCCGGGUUUUGGAUGCAGAUCAAAUGAAUAAAAGUGGUUUUGCACCGUCAAUGGCAGCUCUACGUAUGUGUUUCAAUACUCCAGCUCAAAUGUUGACGCAAAUGACUGCGUGGAAAGGCGCUUUUGCUUGUGUGAAAUGUUCCACCCUGGACUGGAGCACAGAAAUAUCCCAAAUAUUGUUUGGAAACGACUCCACAAAUUCUUCAAAAAACGCGUGCGUGCGCCGGAAAACUCGGAGUUCAAAUGUGAAUGUUUACUUUUUUUAUACUUCUUUUAUUUUUUUGGUGGUUCACUUAUGUGUCUUUUUAAUGAAUGAUUGUCAAUUAUGCCGUGCCUGUGUGUGUUUUAUUUUGGUGCACUCGAUUUUGGAAAAGAGAAAAAAGAAAAAUAAGCGACACAUCUGAUGUUUUCUGUCCGCUUGCGCACAUCACGCCAACACCGCCGCCGCCG